AUGUACUGGAAAGUCCUGUCCUUCCUUUUUGCCAUUGAGGAGAUUAACCAGAAUCCCCACCUCUUACCCAACGUCACCCUGGGCUAUAAUAUUCAUGACAACUAUUUCAACACAAAAGUGACUUCAGAGAUUUUGCUGGACCUGCUUUCAAAGGGAGAGGCAAAUGUUCCAAAUUAUAGCUGCGGAAAGCAGAGAAACACACUGACAGUCCUUGAAGCAGCAGAUUCAGGCAUGUCCAUCCAGAUUGCAACCAUGCUGAACACCUACAAGAUCCCACAGCAUGCCCUGUCUGUGAAAGCCUGGAUAAGGUGCAAAGAAAGAGAAAAAUGGCAGAAUGUGUCUCAAGAGCUACGGGAAAGGAUUCUGUCCCUGGACGGCUACCACAUUUACCACACCAUCUGGACUGUAGCGCAUGCUUUACAUGCAGCCUAUACUUUCCGGUCCCAGAAAAGGGCAACAAAGAAUGGAAACAGGAUGGGAGUUCAAAGAGUGCAGCCUUGGCAGCUUCACCCUUUCCUGUGCAUCUCCCAGUAUAACAAUAAUUCCAUAGAGGGAGUAUAUGUGGAUGAGAAAGGUGACCUGGCAGCUGACUCUGACAUCAUGUACUGGGUGAAGUUUCCCAAUCAGUCUGUUAUCAAAGUGAACAUUGGGAGUCUGGAAAGGGAGGGAUGCUCAGAAGCCAAAUUCAGGCUCACAAUGGACCAGGAUGCAAUCAUGAGGGCCAUGCAGGUCAACAAGCCCCUGCCACAUUCUCAGUGUGUGGAAAGUUGCUUGCCUGGAUUUGUCAAGCUGGUUGACAAAGAGAAGCCAGUUUGUUGCUACAGUUGUAUUCCUUGUGCGGAAGGGACCAUCUCCAUUCAGGAAGACGCUGACCACUGUUCCAAAUGCCCCGAGGACCAGCAGCCCAACAAGGACCAAGAUCAGUGUGUUCCUAAAGUGAUAACCUGCCUAUCCUACAAAGAAGAUCUGGGGAUCGUCCUUACUUCCUUCGCUCUACUUUUGUCUUCAAGCACUGGCUUUGUUUUAAGCAUCUUUGUUAAGCACCUGGAAACUCCAGUAGUCAAGGCCAACAACCGGGACCUGUCCUACGUGCUCCUCAUUUCCCUCCUGCUUUCCUUCUUGUCUUCCUUCCUCUUCAUUGGCCAGCCAAGGAGAGCCACCUGCCUUCUACGACAAGCAGCCUUCAGCAUCAUUUUCUCCGUGGCCGUCUCUUCUCUCUUGGCCAAAACCAUCACAGUGGUGUUGGCCUUUCUAGCCACCAAGCCAGGCAAUAGCGUGAGGAGAUGGCUGGGGAAGCCUUUGGGCAACUCCAUUGUCCUUUCUUGCUCUGCUGUGCAAGUUACGAUCUGUGCUCUCUGGUUGGGCACCGCUCCCCCGUUCCCUGACUUGGAUAUGCAUUCCCAGGCUGGGGAGAUUGUCCUGCAGUGCAACGAAGGCUCAGUCGCCAUGUUCUACACUGCCCUCGGCUACAUGGGCUUCCUGGCAGCCGUCUGCUUGGCGGUGGCUUUCCUGGCACGGCGGCUGCCUGGGGCCUUCAACGAAGCCAAGCUGAUCACCUUCAGCAUGCUGGUCUUCUGCAGCGUUUGGGUCUCCUUCGUGCCCACCUACCUGAGCACCAAGGGCAAAUACAUGGUAGCCGUGCAGGUCUUCUCCAUCUUGGCCUCCAGUGCUGGGCUGCUGAGCUGCCUCUUUGUCCCCAAGUGCUACGUUAUUCUUUUUCGACCUGAUUUGAAUACAAAGGAGCAGCUCAUUCUGAAAAGCAGAACAGAAAUGUCAUUUUAAACCUGCACCAUUUAGUAAGCACCAGGGACCCAUUUGCUUAUCUCUGUUCCCUAAGAC